AUGGACUCCAGUAAAAAUGAUUUAAAACAAGGGAAACAGCCUACUAAGUUAGUAGGUGCAGAAGAACAACAUGACUAUCAACCGAAAACAUUAGGAGACAAGGAAAAGAAUGGUCGAUUUGCCUAUUUGCCCAUCUUUCCAGUUCAAAUUGUUGGCAAAAAUGAAUAUCUACUUUUGGCUAAUGUACCAGUAACUUGUCUUACAUCAAAUGAAAUUGCUCGACGUGAAAAUGGAGCAUAUACAUCUGAUGCUCUGAUGUUGAUGAAUAUGUAUGAGUAUGGUGAUAUAUUUAGUUUAUCUGAAGAAGAUGUAGAAAAACUAGCUACACAUUUAAAAAUCGGCAAAUCAAUUAUUACUUUUAAUGCUGAUCGACUUCGUUGCAUUUCUUGUACUCUUUUUGCAUUACAUGAAUCAUUUCGACGAAAUAUUUUAUUUAAGAAAGAUGUUGCCUUGAAAGAACCAACACUCAAUUCAAAACAAAUGGCUAUAGCAUUAGAAUUCUAUUUACAAAUAGAUGUGGAUCUAUUCUAUAUGAAAACAUGUUCAUUUCGUGGAGCUCUACAUCGAUCUGAUCUAGAAGGUUUAUUCUGUAGCAAAGAUGAACCACAAGCAAAUUAUUCUAUGAUUCCAUGUCAGAAUCCGUUUUGUACAUGUUGUCAUCCAGUAAAUAAUGAGAAAAAAACACAACCAUGGCCAGUUGUUAAUUUUGCUUCAAGUUCAAUGCAUCAAUUUAUUAAUGGAUAUACAACAUAUCUCAACUGUCCAGCUACUUGUAAUACAACAAAUAUCAUCUAUACGAUGACAUGUCCAUGUGGUCAAUAUGAUUAUGUAGAUUCAACUGCAGAAACAUUGGCUGAUGCGAUGGCAUAUCAUCGAAAACAUGGCAAUCGAAUUAUACAUGAAACAUUAACUGGUAGUUCAAUAUUUCCAUAUAUGACACACAAUUCUUUCGAAUUCGAAAGAAAAAUAACUCGUAAAAUGCGUCUCUAUCAACAUUCUGCUCGAUGUCCAAUAGCACUUCGUUUAUUUCUCGAUUGUAAUCCUAAUUAUUGGUGUUUUAUUCCUUUGCUUGUUGAUGAAGCAGGAGCAGAAAACAAGGCCUAUGUACAAGAAAGAACUCCUUGUUCUACUUCUUCCAAUGAAGCAGCAGCAGCAGCAACAACAACAACAACAAAUGUUGAAGUGAAUGUUGUACUCGAUAUGGUUCAUCGUAUGCAUGGUAAUCGUAAAGUAGCUUCUUGUCUUCAACAAGUACCAUUGGCACCAGCUAAAUAUGUCUUUUCCUAUGAUCAAAGAGAACAACAACGUUUAUUUUUCGAACAAUUUCUUGCAUCUGAUGUUGAUCAACGACCUUAUUCUGUAGUAGAUUUGUAUCAUGUAGCUAUUAUUGCUGUUCUACCCGAUAAUUGUUCGAUUAUAUUACGAUAUCUGAUUGAAACAUUAUUUAUAAUUCAUGGCGAAACAAAAUUGAAUAUGAUUUGUCCUAUUGGUGGUGAUCCUCAACAACAUUAUGGUUAUCCAUAUAGUCUUGUUUGGUGUAAGAAUUUAAAUCGUCCAUACAUGAUACCAGGAACAUCAAUUCAAACCGACAACAAUAUAUAA